AUGACAACUAAGGUUCAUCCAUAUGGUAUAUCUCACAGUAGCGCUUUGGGUUCUUGUGAUGCUUCUUCUUUUAUUUCAUCUUCUACCUUGCAAUUACCAGAUAAUAAAACUGCAAAUGCUGAUUUGCCUAGAAAUCCAUAUGAUGUUGGUUUUUAUAGAGAAAAGGUGAGAGGUAUGGAAAUUCAUGAAAUUGAAAAACUUGUGAAGAAUGUAUUCGUACCUGAUGAAUGCUAUGAAUUUCCUAAAACUGUUGAUGCAAAUGGUCGCAGUUUCCCUCCAAUAUUUUUUUCAGAGCCAUUAACACAUUGGCCUGAUGCUAAAAGUGCAAUAAAAAGGCUUAUAAGUACAUCAUCAGGUCUUCAUGUUCACACUUCUGCUCUUCUUAAGGACAUCUUGGAUCAGAGUUCCGGUAAAAGCCAGCCAAUAAAUGUCAUGAUUGACAGUAACUUAAAGAAAAAGAUUUCAGAGAAUAGGAAAAAAUUAGUUCCAGUAGUUGACACCAUCAUUCUUGCAGGUCGCCUUCAAUUACCACUUAGAGGUCAUCGGGAAGAUUCUCGGUAUCAUCCUGAAGUUGGUGAAUAUUCUGAAAAGCAUGUUGGUAAUUUUAUUGAAUUAUUAAACUUCCGUGUUCGUGCAGGGGACACCAUUUUGGAUUCCCAUCUUAAGCAUCAUGAUAAAAAGGCCUCCUACAUCUCUAAAACUACUCAGAAUGAGUUAAUUAGGUGUUGUGGUCAAUUCAUCACUGAACAGCUUCUAGUUGACGUAAAAAAGAGCACGUUUUAUGCAUUGAUUGCAGACGAAACAUGUGAUAUUUCUAAUAAAGAACAGAUGUCUUUGGUUUUGCGUUUUGUUGACGAGGAGCUCAACAUAAGAGAAGAAUUUUUUCGUUUCAUUCAUUGUAGUGAGGGUAUGUCUGGGAAGGACCUUGCAUCUGUGAUUUUGAAAUGUUUAAACGAAGAGUUGAAUUUGAACAUUCAGGACUGUCGUGGGCAGGGGUAUGAUGGCGCAGGUGCUGUUGCUGGAUGCAUUAAUGGUCUUGCUGCAAGGAUUAAGAAUUUGAAUGAGAAAGCCAUUUACACACAUUGUUUCAGUCACAGAUUAAAUCUUAGUAUUUGUGGGACUUGUGCCGUUCAGUAUGUAAGAAAUGUUUUGGAACAUGUGAAGGAAGCUGCUAACUUUUUCAACUCUGCAGAGUUGAGAGAAAUGCAUUGGAGAGCACUGUCCAGAUUCUGCAAAAAGAGAUUGAAAAGUGCUUGUAAGACAAGAUGGGUCAAGCGUAUUACUAGCUUAGAUACUUUUGAAGAACUGUAUGUUGCUAUUGUCUUUUCCUUGGAAGAAAUGAGUUUUAACGUCGAAGGCAAGUGUAAUCGUGAGACCUCUAGUAAAGCUUCCCCUCUGUUACAUCUUUUGACAUCUUUUGAUUUUAUUGCAGCACUCGUAAUAACUAGAUGUAUUUUUGAUCUUACUCUUCCAGUUACUCAGUUACUUCAGUCUUCUAGUAAUGAUAUUGCUGACGGUUUGAACUUGAUUGAGGCACUAAAAAAAUUGUCGAGAACUGUAAGAAAUGAAGUCGAUGUUUAUCAUGCUAACUGGUACAGUAUUGCAUUGACGAUGGCAGAAAAGGUGGGUGUUGAAGAGAAAAAACCUAGAACUUGUGGUCGUCAGGCAAUUAGAAGUAAUGUUCCGUCUGAAUCUGUAUCUGAUUACUUUAAGAAAACAAUAGCUGAUCACUUGUGUUCUGAGUUAGAAAAACGGUUUGAUUCAUCAGCAACUAGCAUAUAUUAUGGCUUGUUUUUAAUUCCAUCCAAGUUACUUUUGUGUCUUUCUUGUGGCGUUUCUUGGAAGGAAAAAUUUUAUUCAUUCUCUUCUUUGUUCUUGGAUGAUCUUCCAAAUCCAAAGGCUUUAGAUUGUGAACUUGAUCUCUGGCAGAAAUACUGGGAAUCGUCUUCUACAACUUGUCUUACUGAAAAUGUCUCUUCUACUUUAAAGUCGGUAAAUUUUCCAGGUUUUGAGAACAUAAAAGUAUUGUUAAAGAUCUUAGGUGAGUGGAGAGGUCGUUCUCUGCUUUGCGAAGAUUAA